CGUGCGCGAUACUCCUGCUUGUCCCUCUUUGUCCGGUGGCGAUAGAAGGCCACGAUAAUUAUGGCAAAAUUUGCGUUUUUGAAUGAAUUAUAGUUGAAUGGUGGAUCAACGAGCAUACGCCGUGCGAGGACUGUUUUGCUGGCAAUGACACACCAGAGAGUUUCAAUUUAAAGGACAGCAGAGCAAGCAACGGAGAAAGGGUACAGUUUGCUUCCAAAGACAGUCUGCAAGAUGGCUAGCUAUCUUCAGUGGCAUGCUAACGUUAGCUAGCAUGCUAAUGUUAGCAUAGUAAACAACAGUUUGCAAAAACAUGGUCGAUUGCUUUAUUUUAUCAAUGCUUUGAUAAGUGGAAUUAAGUGAUCAUUUUGACAAAUGAUUGUAGAAAGACACGGUUCGGAUUAAUGUUCCAGUGUUUGCUGCUAGCGGGUGAAAUCUCAACGCUGCUAGCUGUAGCCGCAUUGAGUAACGUGGCUAGCAAGUUAGCCAAGGUAGUAACUAGCUUGCGUUAGCUAGCUGGUCGACUUCUCUGCCUCACAUCUGUAAGUGAUCAUUUAGAGAGGGAGGGGGUGCUCUGUUACUUGUUUGUACUGGCAUUCAAGCCAGGUAGCAAGUUCCACUCAGCUGGUAGGAGCUGGCUUGCAACGAGACGAACUUGUUCCGAAUAACCAGCUCAGGUUUACCUGACGUUUAUUUGGUGACCAAAUCCCGGCGUGACAGACACCGUGGCGAAAGAUUUGCAGCUGUAAAGGAGUUUGCAGACCUGGGCCGGCGUUAUAAUACCAUAAAACGUGCUAGUUACUGCUGUGAUGAUAACCAUUUUAACGGUAUUGACAUGACCUGAAGGCUGAUUCCACCUACUCGGCUCAAAGCCUUCAAGACGUCGUCAUUUUUAACUUUUUUUUUCUUGCAUAUGAACGGUGAUAUGCCACUUCACCGACAGUCAUAUUAACUAAUGGCUGCCGAAUCGGGGAGACUACUGGCGGGACAAGGAAAACGAAGCAAAGCUUCACAGAUGAAGAGCCCGGAGAAGAAGAAGGCGAGGAAAUCUACCAACCAGGCGGCAGGGUUCUCUCACCUCACUGAGUUUGCACCACCUCCUACCCCCAUGGUAGACCACUUGGUUGCCUCCAACCCCUUUGACGAUGACUUUGGGCCCCCAUCCCGACCCAGCGGGGCAGGCGGACCCGGUGGCGCUCCAUUUCUUCCCAGCCCCGGAGCAGGCGGAGGAGGUGGGUAUGGAGGUGGAGGCAGGAUGGGAGGAGGCAUGGGCUUCAUGGGAGGCCCAGGAGGACCAGGCGGCGGCCAACCUGGAAGAAGGCCACCAUUCGGUCCUCCGUCUAAUGCUGGACCUCAUCACCAGCUAGGCUUUGGAGGAAUGCCUGGCUUUGGAGGUGGCGGUGGGGGUGGAAGUGGGGGAGGAGGGGGAGGCGGUGGAUUUCCACCUGGUGGCCCUUCGCAGUUCAAUAUGCCACCGAACUUCAGUCCACCCAUGCACCCCGGGCCGGGAUUCAAUCCCAUGUUGUCUCCAGGUGCAAUGGGAGGUCCCGGGGGAGGGGGGCCGCCCCACCCUCGGUUUGGCAUGCCUCCACAGCAGCAGCACGGACAGGGGGGACACCCAUUUAACAGCCCGCCAUUACCUGGAGGUGGAGGCCCCAGAGGGCCCCCACAUGGCCCCCUGCCUCCCAUGGGAGGAAGCAUGGGUCCUGGAAUGAACAUGAUGGGUGGCAUGGGUGGUGGCCCUGGAGGCAAUAUGGUGGGAGGGCUACCAGGUAUGCCCCCUCAAGGACAAUUCCCUCCCUCACAGGAUGGCCCCUACCCUGGCCCCAGUCCGCCAGGGCCAGGCAACGAGGAUGGAAAGAACUUUGGUGGAGGAGGGCCUCCGCCUGGGCCUCAGCAACAGCAGCAGCAGCAGCAGCAGCAGCAGCAACAACAGCAACAACAACAACAACAACAACAACAACAGCAGCAGCAGCAGCAGCAACAUCUUAACCUAAAUCCCAACGGCCCCCCUCCUAAUAACACUCCUGGCCCUCCUCCUAACUCUGGCCCACCACAGCCAGGAGGAGGCUUCCCUGGCCACCCUGACGUCCAGCAGCCCAACGCCAAUACACCCGGGCAGCCUCCGUCAGCACCACCACAGCCUAACCCCAACUCUUCUCCUACUGGUCCCCUAAAUGGAUCAGGCCAGCCCCAGCAUCCACCACCCAGUCAGCUACAACCCCCCAGCAACACAAACACCCCCAACUCAAACAACUCGACCCAGCAGCAGCAGCAGCAGCAACAAUCUACUCCACCUAACUCUGCCCCUGGCUCCACCCCGUACAACCAGCAGAACAACACUCCUGGUGCUGGGGGUUCGAUGCCAAAUGCGGCCCCCAACUCGAGUCAGAACAGCAUGACCAACAACAACGGAGGCAACACUCCCGGCAGCAACCCCAACCCCCCUUCUAACUCCACUUCGACCCCAAACACCCAGUCUCCCUUGCCCUCUGGGCCCGCCGCCCCUUCAACUGGGCCUGGAAAACUCGGCGGCCCUGGGAUGGUCUUCCCCUGUGGCCUCUGUAUGGCGGAGGUGCAUGACGAUCAGGACGCCAUCCUGUGCGAGGCGUCGUGUCAACGCUGGUUCCACCGUGAUUGCACAGGCCUGACGGAGCCGGCGUACGGGCUGCUGACUCGAGAGAGCGCUGCUGUUUGGGCCUGUGACUUCUGCAUCAAGACCAAGGACAUCCAGGCUGUGUUUGUGCGCCAGGGAUUAGGCCAGCUGGUGGCAGCUAAUGAGAGUUGAGGAGUCGAUGACAAAGGAGCAGCAUGGAGGUGCAUCACACAAGGACAAAUAAAGACAUUCUUUGCUUUGAUUGGACUGAAUGACCUGUGCGUCAUGUCAGCUACUUGCCCAACUUUCUCUUGACUAGCCCUUUACUUGUUCACUACACAGAGAAACACACUCAUUGACAUUCAUGCUUAUAUAUAGCACUUUGAGUGACUCUUGCUAAAUGAUCCCCCCCCUCCCUAAGGAGUCAAAUCAUGAUGAAUGUUAAACUACACAGUCCUUCAGACAUCUAGCCUGCCAACCAGCAAAGCACUGACACCAACACACUACCUCACACACUUUGUGACUGACUGGCACGGAUGCUCCCGCACUAUAUAUUGAUAUUUUAAACACACGAACCUAAAUAAUGUUGAAAUAUUCCCCUACUGUGUGUAUUGACACAACAACUCAAAGCCUCAUCGUUUUUCUCUGAAUUCCACGGCUUUAAAUGAAAAACAGAUGUGAUAUAUGAAAUCUUUAAAAUUUUAAAAAAUAAUGGAAAGAGUGCCUGAAAAUCUAAGAGGGACUUGGGUUUCAUUCAUGAAUUGAUUCAUCGAAAUGCUUCAUUCUAGCACUGCCCUAUCACAUCGUAAGCCUUUUUACUGCAAGCAAGUGAAAAAAAAAAAGGAAAAAGUACAUCCGUAUAUUGCAGCGUAACAUCUCAAGUGUUUUGUGAAACAUAUAUUAUUGGGGGGGAAUCUAACUUUUAAGUUCUUCUGUCAGUUCCUGCUCACAUGCAUACAUACACAAACUUCUUGUAUCUGUCAUUUUGUACCCAGUGCUGAUUAAUCCAAAGGACAACCCGGCCGAGAUUUCAUUCACACUUCACAGAAAAGAUUUUUACCACCGAGAUAGUUGUAAAUAUUAGGACAAAACAUUUGUCUUGAACUCCCAUCGGUUGUGAACAUGCCACAGAGUUGACCAAUGAACAAAAUAAUAAGUUGAACUUAUGUGUCUUGGUUGUAUACAGUAUGACGUUUUGGUUUUUAUACAGUACAUUUGAGUCAACGAUUACUUUUUAUCUCUGCAGUACACAUGAAUUGUGAAAUCAGUGCUUUUGGAUGGUGUUGGCAUAGCAAGUAGUGACAUCAUGUCAUAUCAGAUGUGCAUAGUCCUUUAAAAAUACAAAAAAAGAGUGGGGGGUUGCAUGUGAACCAAUGCAGUAACUGUCUGAUCUGUUUGUUUAUAUUCUGGUCUCUGCGCUGCAAGAGGCCUUGAAGUAGACCAAAUAACUUAAGAGCGAACAAUACCCAUUCUUCACAUUUCUGUCACGGUAUAAGGUGUUUAUAACUAUUCUUCCUUCUCUCUUUCCUUCUUCUUUAUUCAACGUCCGAGUUGCCUUUCUUUUCUUGCUCUCUCUCAGCUGUUCCUUUUUUUUUGUUUUUUGUACUGGCAUUUGUGCUGUGCUCUUGCUCUGCUCUGGCGCCUCCUGGUGAAACCUGGAGGAACCAGUAAGUCCCACACCAGGUGGGGAAGGGAAAGGUACUGAACUCUGAAGUAAAGACAGAUUUUUUUUGUA